UCUGGGCUGGCGAGGAGGGCCCUUCGGCUGCCCAUUCCGCCGAGCGCGCGAGGAGGGAGGUUGCGCCGCGUGUCUUCCUCACCGAAAGUGAUGCAGAACUCUGGCAAGGAGGGAAUCUCCAAACGGGCACGGCCCGACAGCCCGGCCGAAGGGUUUCACACCCCCGAAAAAAAGGUCUCUGCGUGGGAAGAUGCGGAUCCCGACCACCUCCACCCCCGGCACUGGGGGACCGAGCAACUCUGCUGCUUCCUCCGCCGCAACAGCUUUGGAGACCCGGUGCAGCGCUGCUUCCGAGAAAAUCAAGUGACUGGUUCAGUACUGCCACAUGUCACUAGCUCUUAUCUUGAACAAAUAGGAAUUGGAUGUCCGACAGUGAGAACAAAACUUCUACCCUGUUUGCGCAAGCUGGAACAAACUCAUACUGACAUAAUGAAGGUAUUUAAUGAUCCAAUUCAUGGCCAUAUUGAAAUGCAUCCUCUGCUUGUUCGAAUCAUUGAUACCCCCCAGUUCCAGCGUCUACGAUACAUUAAACAAUUAGGUGGUACUUACUAUGUUUUCCCAGGAGGAUCACACAACCGCUUUGAACAUUCCCUUGGGGUUGGCCAUCUCGCAGGCCGCUUGGUCCGAGCACUGCAGGAACGACAACCAGGACUGGAUAUCAAUCAGAGGGAUAUUUUAUGUGUCCAAAUUGCUGGUCUUUGUCAUGAUCUGGGUCAUGGGCCGUUCUCACAUAUGUUUGAUGGAAGAUUCAUUCCACUUGCAAAUCCAAAAUCCAAAUGGAAGCAUGAACAGGCUUCUGUGAAGAUGUUUGAGUACUUGAUUGUUUCCAAUGAGCUGGGACCAGUCAUGGAGUAUUAUGGUCUCCUACUGCCUGAAGAUAUAGAUUUUAUCAAAGAACAAAUAGGAGGACCCACAAAAACUAAUGACUCUUCAUGGCCUUACAGAGGACGACCUAAAGAGAAGAGCUUUCUUUAUGAGAUUGUGGCUAACAAAAGAAAUGGCAUUGAUGUAGAUAAAUGGGAUUACUUUGCCAGGGAUUGUCAUCAUCUUGGAAUCCAGAAUAACUUUGAUUAUGAACGCUUCAUUAAAUUUGCUCGGGUCUGUGAAGUAGAUAAUGAGAAGCAUAUUUGUACCCGGGAUAAGGAGGUUGGAAAUUUAUAUGACAUGUUCCAUACCCGAAACUGCCUGCACCGCAGAGCCUAUCAGCACAAGGUUGGCAACAUCAUUGAAACUAUGAUUACAGAUGCUUUCUUAAAAGCUGAUAAGUAUAUCAAGAUAAAGGGCUCUAAAGGAAAAGAAUACCACCUCUCUACAGCUAUAGAGGAUAUGAAAGCUUACACUAAGCUAACAGAUGACAUCUUUCUGACAAUUCUGCACUCUGAACUCCCAGAGCUGCGAGAAGCAAAGGAAAUUGAACAGUAUGAUGAAUUGCCGGCUGAAAUUGCUGCAUCUAAGCCAGAGAUAAACAGUCAGGAUGUUGGAUUGAAACCAGAGACCAAAAAUCAGGAUGUUGGAUUGAUGGCUGAAGACUUCAUAGUUGAUGUUAUCAACAUGGAUUAUGGAAUGAAAGAGAAGAAUCCUAUCAAUAAUGUUCGUUUCUAUUGCAAGUCUGAUAUCACUAAGGCAGUCAAAAUUACUAAAGAACAGGUCUCAAAGUUUCUGCCAGAGACAUUUGCUGAACAGUUGAUUAGGGUUUACUGUAAGAGAAUGGAUAAAGAGAGUAUUGAUGUUGCUAGAAAAUAUUUCGUUCAAUGGUGCAUAGUCAAGGAUUUCAGUAAACCACAGGAUGGUGAUGUGGUUGCCCCUGAACUUACUCCGAUGAAAGAAGGCUGGAGUCAGGAUGAAGGUGAUAAAAGGCCAGCACUCGAAGACACGCAGCAGAGUAUCAGAAAAGCUCUUUUCUGACUGACUGGGCAGCUUAAACUUCUUUCCAGUAAUCAGACUUUCAUGCUACCAUUUUAAUACAUCAGUUAGCAUAGACAUAUCAAGCUUAACUUCAAGCAAGAAUAUUCCAUAAAAGCACUGGGGAAAUGUGCAUGAUGCUUUUAGGAGAAAGUUUGAUGGGAAAGGCCUUGCUUGCUUAGUGGUAGACACUUUAAAAACUCUCCAUGUGCUGUGGCCUCCACAUGGAAAUUUAACCACUGGCAAUGAGAACACUAUUGCUUAAGAAGAGUUUCAUGCUGGUUUGAGGGUAUAUUCAUGAGGGAAGAACUGUCCACUAAAGGAAGCUUCAAAGGCAUUUGCAAAAUCACUAACGUUUAAAAUCAAAGGAGUCCAAAGACCUGUAUUUCUAAAUGAACAUAAUUAUCCUAGGACUGACAAAAUAUUAUAGCUCAGUUACCAAGGAAAACACUAUAAAUCAAUCAUAGCUUUUGAGGGCAGGGAGAAGAGACCUAUGCUAUUUGCAUUAAUGUGAUAAUUGUGACAUAAACUUUCUCACAAUUUGAGAGAAGUUAGUCUCUGCUGCUUUAGAGCUCACAGUGUUUUUUAAUCUUUUAAUGGCCAAAGUCAAUACCCAGAAGAGCAAACAACAAACCAGUGACAUAGUGUCCUCUGAACACAUGCUACAGAGGAAAUAAUGAGUUGCAAUAGAGAGGCCAAUGGCUGUUUAAAAAGCACAUGUUAUGCUAAGGGUUUUGUCUUUUCUGUUUUGAAAAGUCUGAAUGUAUUUUUUUUUAAAAAAACAAUUUAUUAGGAUAUAUUUAGACAUGUUAAAGAUAAACUUAUAUUCACCAUUACACUCCUAACCUAUAUCCUACCCCCCACCCUUUCCCCCUCGUCCGGCUUCCAGCAGUGCUCCGACCUCCAGCCCCAUACUUCAAUAUUCGAUUUUCCCAAAUCUACUUUUUCCACAGGUAACAGUUACUUAAAAUACAAGUACCUAAGAUAAAAUCAGACCAAUUUUCAAUAAUUGUCAAAACAAAACAAAUUGUCUUUUACAUCUCCGUUCUUUUCCAAAUAAGUCUGAAUGUAUUUUUAACUCUUCUACAUUGCCAGAGAUAAUGAUUAUAUGUAUACGGUAAUGUAUCAUUCUUUUAAGAUAUUUUUGGAAAUAUUUUUGUGACGUGCACUUUAUGUUGCCAAAAAUAUGGUUUUGUAUACAAGAACUGUUUCUCCUGCUGUCAGUGUUGAGAAUCAACUCAGGUUUAAUUUCUGAAUUUUUUUUACUUUAA